AUUACAGUCGUAGAGGAACAUACAACUACUCCAAAUCCAACUAAAACAUCUUCCAAAACCUUUUCAACAACUAGUGCAGUUUCCUCUGCAGAAUUAGCCUUCUCCACCCACAAGGACUCUGUGAAUCGUAAACCGACAAGAAGAAACACUUCAUCUCCGACGACAAACACUGUCCAAGCCAUCCGUUCAAAACCAGCUGAUCGUACACCAACUAAGCGAAUUCAACAACAGCUUGGACGAGCCAACUCGCAUUUCGAUGGCAGAACGAGAUGAAUGGAUCCGUAGCAUUUCUUCCGAUGGCAUUUCAAAUUGUCACUUUAUCGAAACGGCUCCAGAUUGAUAUCGUUCUGAAACGAUGCACCAUCGAUAGGGAUGAAAUGUGUUUCAAGUAUCAGUGGUAGCAACAGAUACGAAACGGCAGUAGCAACUGAAGCUCGAUGGCAUAAAAAGGAAAAAAGUAUCCCCUAUUGCAAAUGAAUAUAUCUUGAAUUGAAGAAUAAUUAUCAUAAAUGUGUAAGCAACAACAGAUCGAUGAAAGAAGAAGAAUGUUUAGUUGUUGAUAAGGGUUGGUUAUGUUUGGAACAAUGUUAAUGAUCUUUAUCUUUGUCCUGCUGUUUGAAGCAGGUACAGUAGUAGAUUUUAUCGAAGUAGGUGAAGAGUAAUUCUUUGCAAACGUAAGUAAAAUAUAAAGAUUAAAUGUAGAGUAAGAUCAUCGGAUAUAAAAAAUCUCACUUACAAUAGAAAAGUAUACAUUAUGUUGCCCAGCCCGAUGGUGUAUUUUUACGUCACACAGUGUAGCAGAUAAGCGCCGGCGCUUCGCCAUUCCAAAUAUGCUCACGUUUUCCCCUACCAUGUGUUUAUGUUCAGCUCCCCUUUUGUUACUACUACCGAUGCCACACUACCAUCGUGGGCAAGCAACCGAUGUAACGGGAGGAAAUGUUUUGUUUAUGUUGUGCAUAUGCGUCCAGACCGCGAACAGAAAGGGGUGGUAUUGAGGUGUCACUGUUGCCACUGACCAACACCAUCAUACACCCGCGUUACUAGUAGCGACGACGGGGUGUUCGCGCUCUGCAAUCAAGAUACGGUGAGGGUUGCGCACGCGCUUCACUGGCAGCAUCAGCUACGCACCAACACCAGCGUUCGGUCGGUUUUACUAUUUCAGCAUAAACUCUCUUACCGUUCCUCUCGCACGCUCUCUGGCUACGGUUGUCGCUCCAAACCUUCCUUAGCGAAAGAAGGGUUGCAAACACUGGUCGUGGAACUCGUCGCGCACAGUCCGCGAAAGAACGUGUACCACGCAAGGCACAACGAACGCUCGGCCCGUCGCCGUGAAGCUUUUCGCACCAAUUUUUCCCACUCGGGAGAAGGGUUGCUGAGAAAAAAGACAACAACCAGGGGAUACAUAGUUGAAUAGUGCGGUGCAGUUGCAAUAAUGGUGGCGUUUGUCCAUGCACUGCACACUACUGUUCUUCUCCCCGACGGCAGCCGCUUUUGCUCGAGUGUUGCUUGUUUUCCGCGUACUUAAUUAGUUGCUUCGGUAGCAAUAAUUUAGAACAUAACCGUGUGCAGCUUGUUGGGAACAUUUUCCCUUUCUCCCUCUGCUUCUUUCGUUGCUCCCUCUACAAGAAGGUGUUGAUUUUUCGUGCUUUGCGUGAAUCAAUUCAGUGAGUGUAAAGUAUCUAUGCUUUCCAUAUUGCAUACAAACUGUACCUUUGUUAAGCAACAUUUUUCAUCUGUUCAAACAACGACGACAGGGAAAAGACAUUAGACAAUAAAGCGUUUUGAUUAAUCGAUAAGAGUGUGUGUGUGUUUGUGUGUGUUGCGGUGCGUGUAGAUUUUCCGAACCAACGCAACAUUACGGUGUUCCUUGGAAGCAAGCUGUGCUUCCGAUUUGUACCGCUGUCGUCCCUCACGUGGUGUGUGCCCCGUCGUAUGGAAAAGCCCUUGUGGUGAAAACAAGCUAAAAAAGGCAAUGCAUUCUGCCUGCUUGCUGCUGUUUGGGUGUUGUAUGGCUGUGUGUGCUAGAGAGAAGUGAAGAAAAGCAUAACAAUAUUGCGAGACGAUAGGAUUGCUGGCAAAACAUAUCCUGUAGCGUUGGGCCUUCGCGCGCGUGUGUGUGUAUUAUGAGUUCCCCAAGGAUAGACGAUUGCCCCUCAAUGUGAGUUGUGGCUGGUGGAGUUGGAUAAUAUUGCUCUGCUCCACCUUGAUCCCUUUUAUGCUCAGCUGACUCACACGAGUGAAGCAUCCGAUCAAGAAAAAAGGCAUUCGGUGAGUCACAUCCUGGAUGGAAAAAAGGAUGGAAAAUCCAUCCGUUAGGAUGUGAAAGUACUGUAAAGUUUUACCCGAAGGAUUAUAUUUAUUUUAAUAAAAAAGAAGUACUCUAGGAAAAGCGAUCCAACCUAAAGGACAUACCGCUUUAUUCUUGUCCUGGUAUGAGUACACAUUGCUGCAACUCCUCUCCAUCCGCCGGACACACCAUCAGAGGCGUCGUUGAUAUUGGAAAGACGGAAACACGCCUAAGACCCACCCUGAACGUCCGAACAGCAAAGACGAUGGAUAAUAAAAUAAGGCGGUCGUAGGGAUUGUGUGGUCUGACCAGGCGAGGCAACUGUGAUGAUGUCAUUCGUUAGUUCCAACCCGGUAGGGCUUGGCGUUCGGGUCUGUUUUGCCCAAAAGCAGUGCAGCAUUGAUCGGCCGCUGUUACGCAUCGAACGUGAACAAAAGAAGUGAAACAUAAGCAUUCUUUUGUUUUUGGAUUACAUUUCAUAAAAACCAUCUUUUUUCCGUUUAGUUUGUAGUGAUCGUUACAUGAACGUUUUGUUUUGUUCACAACCAGUACGCGCUUCAUAUAAAACAAGUGCUAAUAAGUUACAACCAAUAAAAAUAGUAGCAAAUCAUGUUUGUCACGGCGACCGCAGAUUGUGAAUCACCGGACGGUGACCCGUGUGUCGAUGCGGUUCGGGAUCUGGCGUACUGUCCGGUGGAUAAUCCCGCCACGGUACCGAUGGCUCCGUCACCACGCAAGCCACCGACACCGGCCAAACACAGGAGCAACAGUAUGUGCGGUGGAAAUGCUGGCCUACCGCCGAUCAAUCGUGUACCGAAGGCGGCACCACGUGCGACCCAACAACCGCCAACACCAAAACCAAGAUCAGUUUUACCUACCACAACCCAAGUAGAUAGUGUAAAGAAAUCGUGUGAUGAUGAAAUCGACACCAGCGGCGCCCGCAGCCUCGAAGGAGUCAGUGGCAGCGGCAAUGGUAGCAAUAGCAACGGCGGCAGCAGUAACUCCACUGCCAGCUUCCAUCACGGUUCCAGCUACAUCGGCACAAGCCACAAAACGAUGACGCUGGGUCGUUCGAGUUUUUCGCACAUCAGCGGUACACCCCGUAACACCCUAAGACUGAUACCAGUAGACUUUUCGCUGUUCAACGAUGAUGACUUCAUUGAUGAUACAGCGAGCGAUGGCGCAGAUUCUGGCACGUGCAGCAGUGCUACCAGUGGGCAGCGAAGUCAGCAGCAGAACGGUGGUCACCGGAUAGCGUACGGUGGCGUUGGGGGAAAGCGCACCAGUACCGACGAUCGUGGAAGCACCAACGACACCAACAGUACAAACCGUUUGAUGAUCGUCAACAACGAGAACAAUCAGAACAACAUCAACACCGUGCUGCGACGAACAAAGAACAUCAUCACCCACGACGAGUAUCAUCGGUUCUGUGAUAAGGCUCUCGAAACCUACGAUCUUGCAACACAGUGUGAAUCACGACGAGCAUCGAUGCGCCGGCACACCAUCAUCGGAUGCAAUCAAAACUAUAAACUCGACCCACUGGCAAGUCACUCGAUGCCACCAUCGCGUCCUGCAUCACGCCAAUCCGAUCGCGAUACGAUGCGUAGUGAGGCCCAACCUGCCCCAGUGUCCGUCGGUGCCAACGGUGGAAAUGGUGCGCCGGUAAAGGAAAAGCCUUCCGCCGUCGUGAUGCCGCACGUCGUGAACGGAACACGGCCGGCACCGAUCGGAAGUGCGGCAACGGGUAACGGUAGCAGCACUAUCGAGUACGUCAGCGCAAGCAACCUGUCCUCGUUGGACACCUGGACCAAAAAUUCGCUCGACGAGCACCAGUGGAAGGAUGCGUUCAAUCUGAACGAUCGACUGUCACUGACGCUGGAGGAAAUCGUACAUAUCCGCUCGGUAAUGACCAAGGCCGAGCUCGAAGGACUGCCGGUGGAUGUGCACAUCAAGGAGGACGUGGAAAAGCGGAAGGUUUGCUUCCUGUGUUUACGCACGCGCUUCACCCUGUUCGCUCGGGGCAUCCUAUGCAAGCUCUGCCAGCGAACCGUUUGUAACAAAUGCAAUACGAAGAUGCGAAUACCUACCGAACAUUUCCGCAAUGUUCCCGUGGUGCUGCUGUCACCUUCGCUCAUGAACAGCCCGUGCACAUCCAACACACCGUCGCCGAGUCAUCAUGCACACUGUACCGGCUCGGGGCCAACCAGCAUGGUGGAUGAAUCUUUCCCAAGAUCCCUGAUGGAGCGUCUGUUACGGCCUGAGUUAGAUCGAAAGACUCGAAAUACGGUCGGAAGUGCUCCGUCUUCACCAAAGAAUCAGCGUUCAGCCUCUAGCACACCCGGCACCAGCCUGCACGGUACCGAAACCCUAUCCCUAUCGCUCUCGCAUCACGUUACCGGUGCGAACAACACCGCCAAAGACGUCACUGCUCCGGCGAAUGGUAUCUCCUCCUCUUCCACAUCGGUUACUACCGCUGCGCAGAAGUGUUCGCUCAUGUCCCGAAGCAUGGAGGGCCCCAAUAGUCUUCCACCACAGAGCCCAGCACGGCCACACUCGAAUUGCAGUACGCUGGACAGAAAGAAUCGUUUCGCCAAAGCAUUUACGCUGACGGCAUCCGCUGGAGGCCAGGGUGGAGUGCUUGAUCCGCAGAAGGAACGGCUCACCGGUGAGUUGAUGGCCGUCUGCAAUGACUGUCGCAGUCUGGUGCUGGAAAUCAUUCGUUCAUCGCGACAAACCCGAACAACGGCCCGCAAUCAGGUGCUGCGCCAUCUGACGCUCGAUAUCUCACCGGUGUACAAGUAAGUUACCGGCAGUGAGUGACUGAAGAACAAGCGCACAACGGCGGUUAUGAAGGAGAAGACAACUUUGUUACCCCAAAAUCUCCAGAACCUUCAGUGUUCGGGCCAGCGAGAGAGUGAGCAGCAUGCACACAACAUACGUUACUGACGUUGUAUUUAUUAUACUUAUUUAUUUAAACCGCAUCAAAUCCUCAACAACUGGCAGCGGAGUGCCUCCAAUUUCCCUUUGGCAAAAUCACGUAGUGAAUAAUGUAAGAUGGCGGCGGUGCGAUGCUGGUGCUCGAAUGCGCGGACACAGUUACCGAACAGUUUCGAGACAUCAGCUCUCCUGAUGGCCGAAGUGUAAGACUGGCUUGUUGCUAAUACCUCCAUGGCAUUGUGAUUAUUAUACCGUGUUUUUUUUUUGCUGGUCCCGUUAGUAUCGAGGAUCUUUGUUUUAUUUGAGAAGAAAGUGUUUUAGAGAUGCAGAAAGAAAAGAGCCACACACAUACACAUACUUUAGAGGCACAAUUAAAUAUUACAAUGGCUUCGAAGGAAGAAAGCAUAAAUAUGCAAAUAUCGCCAGUUCGAACGGUUUUUUUAUGUGGAAAGGCUACCAGUACGUUUAGCCUGAUCAUCCUCGCUUUGCGUGUUUUUUAUCCGGAUUCGGGUUUCUCCUGCGCGGCUAAACGUUGUGCCUGAAAGAUUGUUUUAUGUUGUAAAAUAUGUAUAUUCAGGUAUAUUACUACUCAUGUUAACAUGUUUAGUCUUUGCGAGGGAAGCAUUUGAGCGAUUUGAUGAUGAGAAUCAUGUUUGGUUGGUAGAUCGGACGAGAGAGAAACGUUUUGGAUAAUCGAAUUCUAGGCUAUCAGUUUUCCAUUUACAUCCAAACCAUUCCCCCUAUGUUACGAGCAUAGAUUCUAACGAGCAAAGGUUGAUCCACCUCGAUCGAAAUGUUGAAGCUUUUUUUGUUCUAUCGCUGUACAGGAUUGUUGGAGAGAGAGAUAGAGAGAGAGAGAGAGGCCAGCGAUCGAGCCUGUGCGUAUGUAGCCCGAAAAUUCGUUUGUAAAUGUUUAUGUUGAAUAAAAAUAAUUUUCUUCAUUCCGCAUUGAAAAAAAAAACCCGGAGGUUUCGCAACCGUUAACAGUUUCGUUUCACGAAAGCAAAUAUUGUGCUACUGAAAAUAAAAUGGAUACAACAGAGGGAAAAAGAUCAUAUAAUGGCAGCAGUUUCAUAUUGCAAUAGUAAAAUAUUUUAUUGUAAAUCCUGUGAAACAGAAGAAACGAAGGAUAUACCUAAGUAAAUUAAUCAAUUCCGAAGCGUUUGUGCAAAAAAAAAAACCAUAACAGCAGAAUAUUCGAAACACAUAACAUAGUUUGAAUUAGCGUUGAUAACGAUACCGACAGCUGCUAUCGCAAAUGAGGAAACAUUGACUUACACUAUCUACUAAUCAUUUUGGUGCAAAUAUGCAAAGGAUACACGCGCGGCCUGAUAGAAUAGCAAGAGUGCUGGAAACUGGCAAUCAUAUAGAAAGGUUUAACAAAGAUGCUUGGACGUGUGUGAACAGGCAGGAUUCCUUGUCCAAUCCAAAGAAUGUAAUAGUGACAGGGUAGAGAAAAGGAUACCGAACACAAGACAGUGACCAGAACAUAUACAACAGAGCAUGGUAGAUGUAAUAACAGAGCGAAAAAGUGACAAUUUAAAAGGAUUCCGUUUGCUUAUCAGAUUUUAAAUGUAUCGCAUCAUGUACACAACCGAAACACACAAUCGUAUAGCCAAAUGGAACGUUGAUGUUUUUAGCUGUUGAUCUAACACGUUUAUCGUGUGAUACUAUUCUUCUUGCGGUAGUGAUAAAUUAACAGAAAUUAUUUAAAUUAAACUGCACCUAAUAUAAUCUCAAGGCAGUCUGAAGGAAGGGAAGAAACCGACGGGGGGGAACACCGGUUUAAUAUAGGUAGGCUGAUAAAGGAGAAUGCAAAAGGUAUAUCACAACAACCAACAUCUUAGAAACAGGCUGUCAAUAGAAAGUAAUAAAUAUAUGCAAAUCUUCCAUCAGUUGAUAGAAUGAAAUACACCACAGUAAAUAAUCAUACAACUACAACUUUUACCAACAUUCGAAACGUAUCAGUAAAAACGACUGGCAAUAUUGGGAUUCCUGCUAUAUACUCAAUCGGGUGGGAUUGUUUUUGAAUGCAAAAAAAACUGUGUGAAAGUAAAGGAAGUGUCGGCGAAAGUAUUGUCAAAGGUUAUAAUAAAACUGAGAUACAAAAAAUAAACAGGAAAAUCAA